AUGACCGCUUCAGAGCCAUUGACGAUCGAGGAAGAGUACGAGAUGCAGGAGUCGUGGCGUGUCGAUGAGAACAAGUGCACAUUCAUCAUCCUGGCACGAGAGACCCCCGAGCAAGAGAUCACCCCUGAGAACGCCCUUGCCCAACCCAUGGUCGGGGAUGUGAAUCUGUUCUUCAAUGACCACGAUGACCCUCACUCUGCCGAGAUUGAAAUCAUGAUCGCUGAGUCAAGCUGUAGACGCAAAGGAAUGGGACUUGAGGCCCUCCGCAUGAUGAUGACUUAUGCGUAUCAGUCUCUGGGAACAAAGAGGAUCACAGCCAAGAUUUCGACCGAGAACAAAGGCUCGAUCCAACUGUUUCUUACUCAGCUGGGGUUUGUUCAGAUCAGCUUCUCUCAGAUCUUUGAGGAGGUGACCCUGGAAAGGGUCUUGACUGUCUCGGACUCUUCUCUUCCCUCUUCCUUUGCACCCUCUACUUUGAGUGACACAGACGCAGAAAAAGUGGUGCAGACUUCGUCAUCGUCGUCGUCGGGGAAUGCUGACGUUGAUGAAACCAAAACCGACAGGGGUAGUAUCAGUGUUGUCAUUUCUUCAACACCUACGAAAUUUACGAACAAGAACGAAGAGGAUCAGGAAGACGACGAAGGAGACUGGAUUCAGGAACCCGCCACGGCUGCAGUGUUUGAGACGUUGGAGUUGAAUGAUUCGGACCUUGACCACCAGCGCGAGUAA